UUACGGGGCAACGGGUUGAAGAUGGCUUUCUUGUUGAGCCUUGAUGUUAUCGUUUUCGAUGAAUGUGGGCUCAUAGACCAAUGUUUGUUCUCUGCAUUGAGUGAUAUCAUGUGUACGUUGAGGAAAGUUAGAACUCCUUUCGGUGGCACAUUGUUGCUGUUAAGCGGAGACGCUUAUCAGUUGAGUCAGAUAAGUGGCCGCUCAUUAUGGUCAUCGUCAUACAUGCAUUCUUUGUUUGACGUUUAUGAAUUGCAACACCAAGUCAG